AUGGCGAACGUUGACACAUUCCAAGACACGAGUUUUGAGCAGCUACAGGCUUUACGGAACGUACAACUUAUUGAUCGUAAUGAGUAUCCACUCAAACAUUUAACUCAAGAAUUAGUACGACGUCGAAGUCGUCGAGACGACGAUGAGGAGGAAAAUGUUUUGUGUUUUUGUACGUACCCAGAUGCUGUGGAACGAAAUGAAAUGGACGUACGACGCUGUGAUGAUGUCUCGUGUAUUAAUUUUGCGACAUAUGUCGAAUGUUCCGCAUCGUGUGAAGCAGGAAUGUAUUGUCGUAAUCAGCGCUUACAACAUCCCGAGCGUUUUCCAGUACUUGAGCCAUUUAAGACUGAAAAUAAGGGCUAUGGUGUACGUACAAAAGAAUUUAUCCCACAAUUAAGUAUUGUGGGGGAAUAUGUGGGUGAAAUUAUUGAUGAAAAAGAGUUAACAAAACGACUUAAGGGUGUGUCUCGUCAAGAACUGAACUUUUACUAUUUGUUAUUAGCGCCAGGGAUUUAUAUAGAUGCUAGAAGUAAAGGAAGUUUUACAAGAUUUGUGAAUCACAGUUGUGAACCAAAUUGUAAGACGGAAAAAUGGACAGUCGAUGGUGAGGAUAGAAUUGCUGUGAGUGCAAUUAAUGAUAUUGCACCAGGUGAAGAAUUGACAUUUGAUUACAAGUGGAAAGCACUGGGUUCGCGUCAAAUUACAUGUUUUUGUGGUUCCAAAAGCUGUAAAGGAGUGAUUGGUACGCAGACAACAUCCAUACAGAAUGCAGAAACUCCAAGUGGAUACUUUCGAGAUCCAGAAAAAGAGGAAAAAGGUCAACUUCUUAUUGGACGACGAGUGCGUGUCUUUUUGUCCCCAGAAGAUAAGACAGAGUACGAUGUACAAUUGAUUAAAGCAUACGAUGAGUCUCAUGAUCGGUACGAAGUGGAGAAUUUAUAUGAACCUUCAGGAUAUGAAUCAGACGAUAAUGAAUCAGAAGAAGUGAAUGAAAAACAGUUUGUACGUUUGAAAGAAAAUGGAUGGCAAAUUUACUGUCCACGUGGUGAUGAUAAUGAAACUCAAGUAUUUGCGAUACCAAAGAAACGAAUUGUGGCGAGUACAGACGAGUGUAAAGAUGUGCUAUUGAAGCAGGAGGUGAAAGUACACGAAUCUAACUCAAUUGUACAACGUGAGACAACCUUUUGUACGCAAAGGACAAAUGAAAUGGGAGAAACUCUCGAUCGUGAGGGCAAAGUCGUGUCGAACAAACUAUUGGUCAAAUUUUUACCAAAAGAAUACGAUGAACGUAUGUUACGCAGUUUAUUCAUCACUCGAAAACAUCCUCAUGCGGUUUUAAGUGCCGAUGUCUUUCAUUUCUUGAAUGGAACUGGAUGGGGCCUUGUUGAGAUUGAAAGCAACGAACUUGCAGCUUCAUUUCGUCGUACAUUAGAUCGUCGAAAUUUACUCGACAAAAUGUUGCGUGUGUAUCCAGCAGGCGUGAAGGAACUUGAACGAUUUCGACAACAGAAAGCCAAACUCCAAGCAAUGCGACUAGCAGGAGGAAUAGAUCGAAGUAUUUCGUCUCCAUCGAACGAAAAGGAAAAGUCGUACGAUAAGCGAAAAAGUACGUACUGCUAUGGACGUAAACUUAAUUGGCUCGUGUCUGAAGAUGAAUUAAAGAAAUUGUCCGUACAACAAAAAUUGUCCGCCUCGUUAGAAGAAACUCUUCGUAUCAAAUACGUCAAGAGUAUCUUUCAUAUUGCCAAAGGCUUGCGUCUUGAUCGAGAGGAUGCUACUAGUGCUAUCAUUGCACUCAAUCGGUACUUUACAUUUCAUCCUAUGCCAAUGGAAGUCGAUAUGUAUGCAGCUACAAUGCUGCAUUUGUUCUUAAAAGCACACGCACGCAAAGUUUCGUAUCCAGCAUUUUUGAAAGAAGUGUACAAGGCUAAGCACGGAACGAGUGCUGCUGAACGAUUGACAGAGUCGUCGCCAGAGCUAAAUGCAUUAAAACGUCACUUGGUCAAGGCAGAAGGAGAAUUGCUCGAAGGGCUGCAUUAUGAUGUGACAGGUGAGGAUCCGUACGCCUUACUGGAUGUGCUAACGACACGAAAAAGCACAAAGAAAUCUGUAUCGUGUACAUCUGGAUAUCAUGGACAAGGCUUUCCAUUCGUGUCUGUUUUACCACCCCCAGAAGUUCAAAAAGAAGCGAAACAUUUAGUAGCUGAGGCUUUACCGUUGCUCAUUUGGACGCACACAUCUGUGGAAUGUGUCAUGCUUAGUGUCGUUUAUGUCAGUGCUGCAGUGAUUGAAGCAUUAAGUUUGCGAUCAGCAUCUCGAAGCAGUCGAGCUCCGGACUAUUUGCCACAAUUGGAUGUCCACACAAAUGCAAGCGAAGUACGUAUGCUUUUAAAUUGUUCUUUAUCGAUCUGUACGUUGCUGAAAGAACGUUGGCAUCGACUCGAAAAGCAAAGUAAAUUGAAUCAACAAAAACAAUUUAGAGAAAGUACUUCGACGGACUUCGACAUGGAACGAUUUGAUGUUUCGAAGGAGAAAAUGGAUGUGGAAAUUUCCGAGCGAAUUGCACGUUUAUUGAAACAGUGGAUUUUUUCUUCAGCUUCAAUUCCUAACUCGAUGACGUACUCAACUAAUACUUCUCGAUACAAUUCAGACAAGAAGUUUAUAACAUUUAGCGAUAUGGGAAGUCUGCCUCCACUUGUUCAGUCGGCAUCAAGUCAAGAGAACGAAGGUGACGUUGCCAUCGUCUCAGCAAUUUCUAUCUUUUCAAAAAAGGCACCGACAACUGAGUCGAAUGGGAAUGCACGUUUGUACACAGAUGCGAUCAUCGCGGUCGAAUCGAUUCGAAAACGAGCAUUUUUAGGAACGAUUUCAAAUAACGUGAGCUUUGAUCUCGCUGGUAAAGCAGUAUAUAUCCAAUCAUGGCCUUAUCUUGAACAGGAGCAAUUUUUUACCGAAGAACGAGGAAUGAACGACGGAUGUUUGCGUGAAUUGUCUGCAGCUACGACACUCACGUCAUUAAUGCCCGAUCGUUUCAUGAAUCUGUAUGGAAUUAUCUUUCCCGCAGAUCGGAAAGAUCGUCACUUAAGCGAAACUGACGGUGCCAAGGAGACAGAGGAACUCGAGUUACUUGCUGCCAGUGUAGAUGAAGACGGCAAUUUGUUACCGAAAGGCAUUGAUCGAUUGUCUCGUGAGAAACAUUAUCUAGCAUUUGAACAACCACUGCAUAUGUUGUCAGGAAUUUUUGAAGCUCAUAUAUCCCUCAAUGUGGAAUUGCGAAAGAAGACCAUCUUUGACAUGUUACAAAGUCUUGCUGCGGUACAUGAUCUAGGAUACGUUCAUCGGUUUUUAGCGCCCUCCCAUCUUUUGAUCUUUUCAAGUGGAAUUAAACUAGGUGGAUUUCAUGCUAUGCGGAAGGUGACGAAUCUCAAGUCAAAAGAUGGUGAACGCACUCCUUUAGUUGCGUACGAAAUGAGCGAAAGUGAACGAAAAGAACAUUGCUACGGGGCGUGGUUGUACGUCACGGCUCCAGAAAUUUUGCUGGGUGAGACUAAGUAUACGUGGCGUUCAGACAUUUGGUCGGCGGGGUGUGUAGUGCUAGCAAUUUUAUUGGAUAAAGUUCCAUUUCUGCGAGGGCAAGAUAUUAAGGUACAGCUGGAUCUGAUCUAUCGUCUAUGUGGUACUCCAACCAUGUCGUGGGAGGGGGCACAGAAGCUUCCAUCGUACAAUACAUUUCGACCAAAACAUGAGUACAAGAUGCGAUUACGCAAGACAUUGUUAGAACAACGUAUGAAAUUUCCAGAUUUUCCAGAGGAUGUAGUUGACGUGUUAGAAGCGAUGUUACAAUUGGAUCCUGCACGUCGGAGUCCAGUUAAAAAACUGCUGGACAUGCGGUACUUUGAUAGUGUACGACAAAAGCGUACAUUCGAUUUUCGAGGUUUGACAGCUACAUUUCCUGUACAGAAGAAAAAGCUCGUACAACAUUUAGUCAAGUCGAAAGCGAAGAAACAUCGCAUUUCUCAUCGUCAUACGUCACACAAACAUAACGAUGAACACACUCACAACAGGAGAUCGAUACUUGAUGACACGAACUCGAUUAAUCGUAAACGCGAUCGUCACAAAUCUCGUAGUGACAAGAAGAAAGUAAAAACGAUACUAACAUCACACCGGGAAGGGAAGCGAACAAUAACAUUCUCAAAUGAGGACAUUGAGAAGCACAGUAUCAUGGAGCACGUGCCGUUACCAAAGAAUUUUGUAACUACGACGAUGGAUUCAACAUUACGGUCUACAGACGAUAAUUUACCUCGACGAGAAAAACGUGCAAAGCUUGGAUGGGACAUGAUAGAAACAGAAUGA